AUGUUAGAUAAUUCAGAUGUCAAUGCGUAUGGAUUUUUGUCCAUUGUGCCGACAGAUAUCACAACAAUGUCCUGGCUCGAAAUAUUUGAGGUUCGGAGGAAGCAGGCAGCAAAGAAGCGGCAUAGACGAUUACGGGAUCAAUGUGAUCCGUUUGAAAUAUACACGGAUGCUCAAUUUGUUAAGGAGUACCGAUUGAACAAAACACUAGCUCGCGAUUUAUGUGAAGAGAUUCGACCUUUCCUUAAAACACCACAAAAAGCUACUGACUUGUCGGUGGAGACAAAGGUUUGUGAUGCUGACAUGCAAAUUAUAAGUGUUGAUGCCAGUCAUGGAGGUGCAACUCAUGACUCUUUCAUUUGGUCUAGUCAUCCUUUAAAGGACUACAUGGAAGAACUAAGUAAUAAUGAAAAUGUAUGGUUUCUUGGUGACUCUGGAUAUCCAUUAAGACGGUACAUGAUGACGCCUGUUUUAAAUGCAGCACCAAAUACACCAGAGGCACAUUAUACAAAUUUGCAUGUGCAUACAAGAAAUAUAAUUGAACGCACAAUUGGUCUUUUAAAAGCACGAUUCCGUUGUUUACUACUACAUAGAAGAUUGCACUAUCAACCAGAGGUAGCUGGUUCUAUUGUCAAUUCAUGUGUUAUAUUACAUAAUAUGUGCAAUGGAGCCAAGCUACCUCCGCAAGAGUUAACUACAGAAGAAAGACAAGAAGAAUCUCGAUUAGUGGCAAUUUAUUCUGCACAUAGUAGUAUUCCAGUGACGGAAGGAGGGCGUGGUAACAUAGCACUCCAGCAGGGUGUGGCCGUGAGGAACGCUCUCAUUCAGCGGCUCUGGGAAAGGCGGUAG